UUGUUUAAUUUGAUCAUGGGUUCCAUAAUGAAAUUCAAAUAUACUACUUCUUUCGUUGUUUUGAUGAUUUUGGGAGUUGGGGUGUUCGAAACCACAGCAUUUAGAACUCUUCGUGAUUUAUACAUGAUGGAGAAACACGAGCAGUGGAUGGCUAGUCAUGGACGCGUAAAUCCAAAUGCAGAUGAAAAGGAGAAACGUUUUAAGAUUUUUAAGAACAAUGUUAAACGGAUUAAUUUGUUUAACAAGUACGCAGCAAUAAAUGCAAAACCUUACAAUUUAAGCGUGAAUGGGUUUGCAGAUCUAACAAACCAAGAGUUUCGAGCUUCUCGUAAUGGUUAUAAGAGGUUGUCAUAUUCAUCAAGAAAUACAUCCUUACCAUCAUCAUCAUUCAAAUAUGAGAGCUUGACUGUUAUUCCUCCUAGUAUGGAUUGGAGGACAAAAGGUGCUGUAACCCGUGUCAAGGACCAAGGAGAAUGUGGUUGUUGUUGGGCAUUCUCAGCAGUGGCAGCCAUGGAAGGGAUAUAUAAACUCAAAACGGGAAGCUUGAUUUCUCUAUCAGAACAACAGCUUGUUGAUUGCGACAGGAGUGAAAAUGAAGGCUGCAAUGGUGGUCUGAUGGAUGGCGCGUUCAAGUUCAUAGUGAAAAACAAAGGCCUAACAACUGAAGCUAAUUACCCGUACAAGGGAGUUGAUGGUACAUGCAACCUCAAGAAAUCAACUACCAUUGCAGCUAAAAUCACCAGUUAUAGAGCUGUUCCAGCAAAUAAUGAGCAAGCUCUACUUCAUGCUGUGGCAAACCAACCUGUAUCCGUUACCGUUAAUGCAGGCGGAUUCGACUUUCAAUUUUACUCGAGUGGAGUUUUUACUGGCAAGUGCGGAACCCACUUAGAUCAUGGUGUUACGGCCGUAGGAUACGGGGGAAGUACACACGGUGGAACAAAGAUCAAGUAUUGGCUGGUGAAGAAUUCUUGGGGUACUAGUUGGGGUGAGAAUGGAUAUGUAAGGAUACAAAGAGAUGUUAAUGCUAAACAAGGUCUCUGUGGCAUCGCAAUGGACGCUUAUUAUCCAAUUGCAUGAAAAUUCCAAGAAACUAAUGUAAACUACAUCAACUGUGAUGCAAUCAUUAAUUUCAUUUUAUGAAUUUAAAACAAUUAGAUUUUGU